AUGGUGAAGCUGCCCGUGAAAGCCAAGCGAAGGCCCGAUAACAAAGGCUGGAGCUUCAGUUGGGAUGAAGAUUCGUUACUGUUGCAGCUCAAGGAUGGCUUGCCUAAAGACAUGGAAGUUAUCUAUGUUGGGCUGUUGAAGGUCGAAGUAGAGGGGAAUGAGCAGGACGAUGUGUCUCAGGUUCUGCUCGAGAAGUUCAAAUCUGUACCUGCUUUCCUCCCUUCAGAUGUCUUCGACAAAUUCUAUCGGGGUUUCUGUAAGCAGCAGCUCUGGCCUCUGUUUCAUUAUAUGCUCCCAUUCUCGGCUGAUAAUGGUGGAAGGUUUGAUCGUGCUCUUUGGGAAGCGUACGUUUCUGCGAAUAAACUCUUCUCGCAGAAGGUGAUCGAGGUGAUUAACCCAGAAGAUGACUACGUCUGGAUUCAUGACUACCAUCUCAUGGUGCUUCCCACCUUCUUGAGAAGGCGCUUCAACCGUUUGCGAAUGGGUUUCUUUCUCCACAGCCCAUUUCCUUCAUCUGAGAUCUACAGGACUCUACCUGUUAGGGAAGAGAUCCUCAAGGCACUGUUGAAUUCAGACCUGAUUGGUUUCCACACUUUCGACUAUGCUCGGCAUUUCCUCUCCUGUUGCAGUCGGAUGUUGGGUUUGGAUUAUCAAUCCAAGAGAGGUUACAUUGGGUUGGAAUAUUAUGGAAGGACUGUUGGGAUCAAGAUCAUGCCCGUUGGAAUCCACAUGGGUCAGAUUUGUUCUGUGCUGAGACAGGCUGAUGAGGAGUGGAGGGUUGCAGAGCUUAAGCAGCAGUUUGCGGGGAAGACUGUAUUGCUUGGCGUUGAUGAUAUGGAUAUCUUUAAAGGGAUUAAUCUGAAGCUCUUGGCAAUGGAACAGAUGCUCAAGUUACACUCCAAGUGGCAGGGAAGGGCUGUACUUGUUCAGAUUGCGAAUCCUGCCAGGGGUCAAGGGAGAAAUCUUGAAGAGAUACAAGAAGAAAUACAGGCGAGUUGCAGGAGGAUUAAUGAACAAUUCGGUCACCCUGGUUAUGAACCGGUGGUGUUCAUUGAUAGACCUGUUUCGGUUAGUGAAAGAAUGGCCUUCUACACUAUUGCCGAGUGUGUCGUUGUCACGGCUGUGAGGGAUGGUAUGAACCUUACUCCGUAUGAGUAUAUCGUGUGCAGGCAGGGUGCCUCUGUAGCUGGGUCGAGUUCAGAGUCAACAGGGCCAAAGAAGAGCAUGCUGGUGGUGUCAGAGUUCAUUGGUUGUUCGCCUUCACUUAGUGGAGCGAUACGGAUCAACCCAUGGAAUGUUGACGCCACUGCAGAGGCAAUGAAUGAAGCUAUUUCAAUGGCAGAUGCUGAGAAACAGCUGAGGCAUGAGAACCAUUACCGCUAUAUAAGCACCCAUGAUGUGGCUUUUUGGGCGCGAAGUUUCUUGCAAGAUUUGGAGAGAACUUGUAAAGAUCAUUUCAGGAGAAGAUGUUGGGGAAUUGGGUUGAGUUUCGGUUUCAGGGUUGUGGCACUUGAUCCUAAUUUCAGAAAGCUUUCCCUAGAUGCCAUUGUUGCAGCAUACUCAAGGGCUAAGAGCAGAGCCAUACUACUGGACUAUGAUGGCACUGUCAUGCCUCAAACCUCCAUAAACAAAAAACCAAGUCAAGAGGUUAUCUCCAUUCUUAACAUACUAUGUGGUGAUGAUAAGAACACAGUCUUCAUUGUUAGCGGAAGAGGGAGGGAAAGUCUGGGAAUGUGGUUUUCUCCAUGUGAGAGGCUCGGGAUUGCAGCUGAGCACGGUUACUUCUUGAGGUGGUUGCGUGAUGAUGAAUGGGAAAUCUGCGGGCAGAAUAUUGAUUUUGGGUGGACACAAAUGGCUGAGCCUGUAAUGAAAUUGUAUACAGAAUCUACGGAUGGUUCUUCCAUUGAAACUAAGGAGAGUGCCUUGGUUUGGCACCAUAGGGAUGCGGACCCCGGCUUUGGAUCCUCUCAAGCAAAGGAGCUGCUGGAUCACCUAGAGAGUGUGCUAGCAAAUGAACCAGUUGCCGUGAAGAGUGGUCAGUUCAUUGUCGAAGUGAAGCCUCAGGGAGUCAGCAAAGGUCUCAUUGCAGAAAAGAUCUUCACUACCAUGGCUGAGAAAGGGAGGCAAUCAGAUUUUGUGCUAUGUGUCGGGGAUGACAGAUCAGAUGAGGACAUGUUUGAGAUCAUCGGUGAUGCUAUGAACAAGAAUAUCCUUUCUUACCAUACUGCUUUAUUUGCCUGCACAGUUGGGCAGAAGCCAAGUAAAGCCAAGUAUUAUUUGGAUGACACAACUGAGGUCAUCAACAUGCUGGAAGCUCUUGCUGAAGCAUCUGAUUUAACAUCCCCGAAAUCAUCUGAUUCAUCAUUCCCCGAAGCAGGAACUGCAGAGGAGCCUUGACCUCUUCCUCCAGUGCUUCCUUGUCUUGGGGGACACCCGUGUGCUCUAUCAAUGAAAACUUGGGAAGAUUAUGGAAGCCUGGAACUGGAAGAGGCAAUUGUCAUUUGCACAGUUCAGUUAAAUGAAAAUUUUGUUUGAAGAUUCUUUGUGGCCUACUGUGAUUUGGGUGGUGGAUUGCUAAAAAGAGUAAACACCAGCAGGUUGGAAUAUCCCUGUAAGUUAUAAAGCAGUAAAGAGUACUCACAUACUGACGGCGGGAGUAUUUCUGCUGCAUCGGCUCAAGCAUUUGAAUGGGUUAACCAUUGCUAAAGCUUUAUAUAUGUGGAAAGACUCGACUCAACUGAAAGAAAUGAAAGAAAUGCCAUUUUUUUUUUGUGUAGCCAUAGUUCACUUUCAGCUUUUUAGCGAGGAGCCAGACAACAGGGUUAGAAGAUCUUUUGUGGCUGCCUAGAAACUUUUGGGAGGUGAGAGACAGCAGGACAAAUGCAUAUAUUGGCUGGUUGUUAGAAUGUAAUAUGGAAUAUAUUACUGAUAAUAUAGUUGCUAAUUUUU